AUUGUUUUUUUUUCUAAUCUCCGCCACCAUUCGGGACGGAUUAAACGACAGAACGGGCGUAAAAAAGGUUUCCUCGGCAAUCCAAAACCCUCCGCGUUCGCGUGUGCUGUGUCUCGCGCUGUCCCGCCGCGUACGAACAUUCCGGCAGCGGUCACUUUCCUUGCGCCACGGGUUGCAGUGAAAAUUACGCACCAACUCGAAGUAGUGAAACGCGCGAGUGGCGAAUUGUGUGCGCUCUGGUGGUGCCGAAGAAUCUCAACGUCUCACACGCCAAAAGGUGGACGGCGACAAGUUCGCAACCUGCCCCCGUUACCUGUCCCCGUUCCAUUCUCCUAGGUUGGUUGGUGUGUUGGAUUGCAUCAACAGUCGAGCAACUUCGCAUAGUUGGCCUGAGUUCGUUUCCAGUGCGUUUGUGUGUGAUGUGUGUGUUUGCAUUUGUACGGGUGUGUGUGUGUGUGUGGUUCCAAAAGUUCCGGACAGUCCGAACCGUUCGGCCGGAACCUUUCCGUGGGGGCUAGGUGUUUAUUUUCUAUUUCAGUGUCGUUUGCUCUUGUCCCCCUUAUCAAGUGAUGUAAAGUGAAUGUGUCCUGGGUGCAGGGGAGGAGGGUGAAGUGCCAGGUCUUAGAAAACACAAACACACACACACAUACACACCCCUUUCACACAAACACGGCCACCACUCACUGGUUGCAUGCGUGUGUUUAUUUUCAAGCGAUUGAUGGUAAUAGCAGCAGCAGCAGGCUCCACCGCAUAACGAAAGUUCACCACCCCCCAACGAGGCAAGCUUCGAUCUCCCUCCCAAGAAGAACCGUUGACCGUCAUUCGGAGCAUGUGUGUGUGCGUGUGUGUUUGUAUGUGGGAUAAAAAUGUGAUAUUAAACAGCAGCGCUAAUUGGCAGCAUGAUCGAUGAUCCUAGCAGGCGAACCUGAAACACCCCCAUCCCCUUGUUUGCACCGUUUUAGCCGACCAAGGAAGUGAGCACACCUCUAUCAACCUUGCGUCUAUCGUCUCGCCGUCUUAGAUCGCCGAACCACCGAGCAGCAGCAGCAGCAGCAGUAGUCGCAGCCGCCGACGACAGAAAAAGCGCACCGAGCUAAAAGGUGUCGCAGAACAAAUGAUCGUAAUCGGUGCCGCAACAACUCCUCCCCGAGCCAACCCCGGUGUGCUUUCGCUUUCGUAAACCUUCCCAUCCCCCACCUCCACACCCUGUGUUAAUCGUAUCUUGUAACGGGAGGGUGCUUUUUGUCACUCACUCCCCUCUUCUCGGGCCGAUUGCGUGAAUUGCGUUUGUUUACGCGCAUUUUGUCGCACGAACCCGCGUGCCCGCGUGCGCACCGCUAAUCCGGCUGAUGCUGUGUGCGACUGGGUGUUGCGUCUGUUGUGCGUACGCGUACCGCGAAAGCUGCCCAGUGACGAAUGCGGACAUGACGAACGGUUUUGUGCCAUUUUUAGUACUAUAACCCAAACCAAAAAAAAAUCUCUUAAAAUUGUUUCUUUCCCAGCGCGCAGUGAGUGAAACAAAAAGGUGUGUGUGUGUGUAGAAAGUGUCGUUAAAACGUCGGCAAAAAGGAAUUUGAAGUGAGAGAGAGAGAGAAAAAAAGAAUCGCCAAUACACCGGAAGCGUGUGUGUGUGUGUGUCGGCCACGUCGUCGACCGGGGGCCAUCUGCAAAUAUGAAGAAGCUGACCACAUAACGGCAAAGGAACACGGGUUUUGUGUGCGGCUCCAUCCACCACCAUCCACGCCCAUACUUCGAGGCGUAGAAGUAGUACGACCCCCGUCCUCUCUCUCUCCCAUCCAUUCUCUUCGUAGCAUUCUUCCCCUCAUCUCACCACCCUCCCAGCCCGCGUGUAUUCGCAAUGGGUGUGUGCCUGUGCAAGGACAAGGUCGAAGAGGGAUUUGUGGACGACAGUAGCCGGGAUUCGUACGCACCGACCGGCAACGAUACGGGCCGGCUGGCGGGCAGUGGCGGUGGCAGCAGCGGUGGACCGAACGGUCAGCAGCAGCAGCAUCAUCACCAUCAUCACAACCACCACAUCCGGCACUACUCCCGGUCCGAUCGGCAGGUUUCACUGUCCGACACGGUGGACGCGCUGGUCAAGGAGACGCUCGAAAUCAUCCGCUCGAUCGUGGACAAUGAACCGGAAACACCCAGCUCGAUGGUGAUGCUGCACGACCUAACGGACAAACCGUCCGGCUGGAUACAGCUGGUAAAGUCCCUAAUACGCGUGGUGCCGCUGGACAAUCCGAUGGGCCCGAGCGUGAUCACGCUACUGCUCGACGAUAGCCCGCUGCCGUCGAAGGAAUCGGUGCUGGAGGUGGCCGACAUGAUAACACGAUCGAUACGCCGCACGCCGAAGCGCGAGCGCAACAUGUGCAUCAUACUGGGCUUCCUGGCCGAGCGUCUGGCCGGUCCGUGCAGCAUAUCGGCCCUGUCGGAGGUAACGCUCGGCUAUUUGCUAGGGAAUUUGGACGAAGGAAUCCACCCAGACGUGAUGCUGUUUUCGCUGAUCGCGCUGGAAAAGUUCGCACAAACGAGUGAAAACAAGAGCACCAUUAGGCGAAAACUGGCACUCUAUCCGGACAAUCCACUGCUGCGGCUCGAACGACACAUCAGCAACAAUGAUUUCACCCUGCGACAGGUCGGCUUUUGCGCCCAAUGGUGUCUCGAUAACUAUUUCCUUAUCGAUGGUCGGCAAUACUCAUACGAGGUGGCGGACGUCAGCAACGUGAACGUGAUGCUCAACACGCGCGACGUCAGCGAGUACCUGAAAAUCUCGGCCGACGGGCUGACGGCCCGCUGCGACGCGUACUCGUUCGAGAGCGUCCGGUGCACGUACCAGGUGAAUGCGGGCUGCUGGUACUACGAGGUGCUGAUCAUGACACCGGGCGUGAUGCAGAUCGGCUGGGCGACCAAGGACUCCAACUUCCUCAGCCACGAGGGCUACGGCAUCGGGGACGAUGCGUACUCGAUCGCGUUCGACGGCUGCCGGAAGCUGAUCUGGCACAAGGCGAAACCGAUGCAGCACAACCUGAACGUGUGGUCGGGCGGUUCGGUGCUCGGCUGUCUGCUCGAUCUGGACGCGCGCGAAGUCAUCUUCAGCCUGGACGGGGUGGAGGGCGAGGUGCUGAAGCAGCUGUUCGAGUCGAGCGACACGAUCGAUGGGUUCUUUGCGGCGGCCUCGUUCAUGUCCUUCCAGCAGUGCCGGUUCAACUUUGGCUCCACGCCGUUUGUCUAUCCGCCCAAAAAUCGGCCCUUCAAGAGCUUUAACGAUCAUGCGGCGCUGAGCGAGCAGGAUAAGAUUGUUUUGCCCCGUCAUCUGUUCCUGGAGCAGCUGCGCAAGCUGAGCGUGCGCGAGGAUUCCUGCACGCUGUGCUUCGACAUGAAGGCGACGAUACGAAUCGAACCGUGCCAGCAUCGCGGUUUCUGCACGAACUGUGCCGCACUGUUGCAGUUCUGUCCGAUGUGUCGCGCCGACAUUGUCAGUACGGUGCAGGAGGAAACGCCCCCGGACGAUACCAGCCCGGUGGGCAGCUCGGAAGCGAAUCAAUCGAGCGGGAGCGGCGUGCUGCCCAAAGCAACCAACGCAGAGGAGGAACAGGCGCAAGUGUAAGUGCGCCGGAACCACACAGGCGGGUAAUAAUUGCGAGCGAUCGAGCGCUGUGCUUGUGUUUAAUGCGGGGUUACACUGCUUUGCUUAGCAAGCCCUCCAUUUUGCGGCAAAUAUGUCCUAAUGCAGUGAGAAAAUGUGAUAGCUUUCUAUUGGAGAAAAACGGAACACUAACUAACAGUACAGCAAACACAACAAAAACACGAGCGAAACAAAGUGUGAUAGGAAGGAGAAGUAGUGAACGAUAGAGCAAGAGAGAGAUAGAUAGACCGGUGCGAUAGCCUCUGGCCUAUAAGCAAACAAAUGGGCGUCUAGCAGUGUGUGUUUGUUUUUUAAACGCCAUGUGUGUCGUUGUAAAACGUUACAUCGUGUCACAUGGCUUGUGUACUUAUAAUGUACUGUGUAGGUAAUCGGUUGAGAUCUUUUCCCCUCACCCCCUCUCGUUUACAUGUACAUUUGUCACCACAGUUUGCCAUCACAAAAAGUAUCACGCCCGGGGCAGGGGAAAGGAAGAAACACGGUUUAAACUUUCGGUCAAUGUUUUUCUCGAUGUUUUGCGCAACCGUCUUCCGGUUUUACACGUCGUUUGAGUUUCAGAAACUCUCCGUGCAAGGUGUUCGAGAAGCACAACUCCGGACCGGUGUAAUUGCAUCAUUUUUAAUACGUUAUACGUUAGGGUACUAAGUAUUAGGGGCUAUCACUGCGUAACCUGUAUGGAUUUAGUUAUUUGUUUAGUGUUUCGAGUUUGUUGUUUUUAGACACGCCUGUGCUGAACGUAUUGCUGCUGCCCGUGCAUAUACGUUCAUCGAAGACAAUACUACUAGACAGAGCUAUUUAACCAUGAAACAAUCAGCACAUUGCACUAAUAACUUACCACACCUAGUGACCUAAGAUGAGAAUGUUUGUGAAGGAACUCGUCAGUGCACGCGCGCGUUAGUUUUGGGAAUAGGCAAAAUAGGCAAACAAAAGCAACGACGACUGGGGGGAAGUCUAUGCAGAGAGAGCAUUAGAGGAGUAGAAUUACAGUUGCACCAUAUGGGGUCCGUUUUUGCGAUCCAUGAAUUUUGGUUUGCUGUACCAUUUACUUUUCCGAUUUAACACAGCACCCGGGAGCAUUACAAUUGCGAACAACAGAAAACAUUAUUCGUCAAGUUUGUUACGUUUAAAGUAGUUCAAUAAAAUACACGAACAAACAAGGACAUACACAUUCAGCAACAUGCAAAGCACACAGGUAUCAGUAACGUCCGUUGUUUUUCCUGUUCCUUUACAACAGCACCGGGGUACGCUACCAAAAGAAAUAACCAUAGCAAAAAGAAACCUAUCUAAAAAAAACAGGCCGUUGAAAAGAGGGUGGUAGAGCAGUAGCAGCGGGUCCAGUAACAUUCAUUAGUUAGUGAACUGCGUGAAAUGUUGUUGUGCACAGGGAAGAGUUGUAGGAAACGAUGAUGUAUAAAUAGGGUAACAAAUACGACUGAUAUAUUUUUGUACACGCGCAAAAGCAUUGUAUGGAACAGGGGAUUGUAAAUAAUGGCUAGUAAGAGUAUGUGCGAAAUGUGUAAAACAGAGUUUGAUUUAUAAAAGCGCCACUGAGUAAAACAAAACAAUGGACCGAUCAUGUUCAUGUUAUUUAAUGAAAAA